AUGUCGCUUUCUGGUUAUAACUUCGUCGUACUAACAAUAUUCUCUAUCUUCUUAACUCAAGCCUAUGGCUUACCAGAUGUAGAGCCAAUCGAUGAUGUCCAACCGGAGGAAACGCUAAGGAUUCACAACGAGAUUAGAGCUGCGGUCGGGGUGGCUCCAUUGGUGUGGAACGAAACCGUAGCGGACUAUGCACAGAACUUCGCAGACGAACAAGCCGAAGCCGGAGUUUGUUCGUACGACCAGAUGAGACAUUCUGAUGGACCCUAUGGCGAAAAUAUCGCGGCAGGGUGGGUCCAACCUACUGACCAAAUGAGUGGUCCGAUCGCGACUAAGUAUUGGUUGACGGAGAAGCCUAAUUACGAUCAUGAAACCAACCAGUGCAAAGAUACUUGUGGGCACUAUACUCAGAUUGUGGCCAAUCAAUCGACCGCUCUCGGUUGUGGCUCGUUUCGGUGUCAUGAUAAUGAGUUGAUUUAUAUUGUUUGUGAUUAUUAUCCUAUGCCAUUGGGUGAUGCGAAUACGCGUCCCUAUUGA